GCCCGACCAUCCUCGAACCAUCUGCCGCCGUGGGUUCUUGGUCCAGCAACCCCGUCGUCGAAUCUUGCACCCAGGCCUUUAUUGCCGGAAGGCAAUUUCGUUGAGCUUCCUGUCUGCUCAUUUUCCAUUUUUGUGAAAAAUGGCAUCAGCGAAGGCAACAUUUACUAUCUUCUUGGCCGUGGCGACGAUCGGCGUGAUAACUUCACGAGAUAUACCUGAGUUCCUGCAUAUUUGCCAGACGCAAGAUCCGCAUUACGAGACAUGUAUUAGCGAGAGUAUAGAGUAUUUGAAGCCGUACCUUAAGACAGGUGUACCGGAAUAUAAUAUUCCAUCGUUGGAACCUCUCAUACUAAAAAAAAUAACAUUUACUCCAUCAAGUAGUUUACAACUAGAGGCAUCUGAAAUUGAGACAACAGGUGCCAGCAACUUUAUAAUUAAAAAAGCGAAAAUUGACUUCAACACUUUGAUAGUCUUGGUGGAUGUGGAGUUGCCGAAUAUUCAAGUUGAAGGGAUAUAUGGAAUUGACGGCAAGUUAUUAUUACUUCCGAUUCGCGGAUCUGGCCCGAUUCACGGCAAUUUCUCGAAUUGCAUAGGCGCCUGCAAAAUACAAAUUGCGAAAUACUUUGACGAGGACGGCGAAGAGAAGAUGCACAUUACGGACUUCAAAUUGAAAAUCUCAGUAGGCAAGGGUACGAUAAAGUUAGAUAAUUUGUUUGGUGGCGAACAAGCCCUUGGAGAUGUCAUCAAUUCGGCUAUCAACAACAAUUUCGAACUCUUCAUGAAGGAGCUUUUACCGUUCGUGGAAAAGGCACUAUCUGACUCGUUCCAGAAUAUUGCUAGCAGUAUUAUUCAACAAUUUACAUUUGCCCAACUUUUCCCUGGCGCAUAAAUCGAUCGGUGGUGAUUCAAAUGAUCGGGCGGGCUGGAAAACACAUGAAUUAAAUUUGAAGCUCUAUUGCAAAAUAAGCAAUAGAGCGAAUUAAGAAAAUUUAUUGCUAUUUUUCACUAUAUUGAAUCUUCC